AAGAUAUUUCCUCUGAAAUUUGAGUCGUUUGUGCUAACUAAUGAGAUGGAACCUUCAAGGCUUAUUGUUAUUUCUAGUGCUAACUCUGGAUAUAGAAACAUGAUGGUUAAAACACAAGAAAUGAUGGCAAACCUUAUGGGACUACCAAUUUUAAACGAUCUCAGACUUGAACCUCCAAGGUCUAUGAAUGAACUGGUGCUCUCUCAUCAUGAGAGCCUAGCUCAUGCUCCUCCUCUGACUUAUAUCAGUCAGGAGUUGCCAAAGAUGAGUUUCAAUGAAUUCUGCUCUUGUAUGCCUACUGGCUUACUCAUCAAGACUUGAGGAGAUGAGAAGCAUGAAAUAACUUCGAAUUAUUCUGAAGAAAUCAAAGAGAGUCCCAAAGGAACUCAAAGUAAGCAGAGCAAAUCUCCAGUCAAAGAGCAGAUUAAAGUGACUGGUGGAACUUUAAAGAGGAGGAACAAUAAAUUCAGAGACGUAAGGGAGAUGAAAGAUGACUCACUUACCAACCAAGAUCUCAUGGAGGAGAAGAAAUUCUUGAUGAAGCAGUACGGAAUUGACUCAAACCUGAACUAUUUCAAUAUCUCUUAUGUUUCUUCAGAGAAAUUUGAUAAGAAGAAAAGAAUUUUCUCAUGUAACUUCGAAGGAUGUGGAAGGACAUUCUGAAAGACUUGGAAUCUCUUCGACCACCUCAGAAUCCAUACAAAGGAAAAACCAUUUAAAUGCAAAGUAUGUGGAAGAGGCUUCGCUCAAAAUGGCAACUUGACAAAGCACGAGAAGGUUCACCUGAAUGCUGACAGGAGGAAGUAUAAGUGCAAUAUCUGCCCAAAGGCGUAUACUGAGAAAUACAACCUCAAAAUCCAUAAGCAGAAAAUUCAUGGCAUUCAGGCCAAUUAAUUAUUAAUAAAAAAUUGGUUAAA